GUGCCACAAAGCCAUGGCAUUUGCCACAAAAUCAGACGGAUAACUCAAAAUAUGCAACUUAUUUAUUCUAAAUUAACUUAUUCAAUCUGCCACCGGCCUUUACUAUACUGUGGCAGCUGACGUCACCGGAAGUUCCACGAUUUGAGCUUGCUACGUCACUGGACCAAUCAAAGUGGAGUUGAGGCUCUUCGAGGCGGAUUCUUAAAAUUGAAUUUCGGUAAGCUUAAUAGUAUACGGAAGCAGGUUUUUCCUGGACAAAAAGUAAGGAUAGCCAGGGCCGGAUGUAGGAGACCGUGGACCGCUGGGCUGGAGCUACAUUUGGUUACCUCCCCACAGAAGCUCCUCUUGUUACCCCGGAGACGCUAAAAGUCAAAGAUGGACUGGUUCCACUGCAACCACUGCUUCAAGAAAAGCGGGUUGAAUUUCGCUGUGUCGAGCUGCGGCCACAUCUCCUGCGAAGCUUGCAUUAAAUCAAAGCAGUGCAGUACGUGCGGGGUGGCCUGCAGUUAUCUGCCCAUCACCGAUCAGAUGAAGCCACAGGAAAAGGUGUUUUUCAUGGACCCUGGAAAGCUCAUCCAGGCAAGGAUGGAAAACAUAUCGCAGAUUGCCAUUUUCCAGCAGAAGCAGAUGGAGAGAGUCAUGGUUCACUUUAAGACCAAAUCCGCUGAACUGGAGAGGCUUCUGGAAGAGGUUUCUCAACAGGGUCACAGGCAACUGUCAGAGCUGAAGAGAGAGAACGGUGAGCUGAAGAAGCAGCUGUUGGAGCUGCAAAGAGAGAACGGAGAGUUGAAGAAGCAGCUGUUGGAGCUGCAAAGAGAAACCGCUGAAUUGAAAAAGCCACUCUCUCAAAGGAGGGUUUCUCCUGGACAGUUCCAAACUACUGGCGCUCAGAGGGUUUCGCUCCCGGUUGGCGUUACCUCACCAGUUACUCCUCGAUCAAGAGCAUUGAGUAAUGUAGGCUCCGGAGAGACUCAGAGAUGGAGCAGGGAUAGAGGCAUUUCUCUCACGACUCCGGGCUCCAUUGCUUCCGCCUCCAGCCACAGCUCUCUCCAUGAAUUCAGAACGUCACCAUCCUUUGGCACUCCUACAAGAACUCAGACCCCUGGCUUCCAGUUCCCAUUUAUGAAUGGGAUCUCACUACAUUCACCCAGACAGUGAAUAACUCGCCACGCUUGCUAGGAAUGCCUUUGAUGUGCAUGACGCCCGUUUACGUGAGCCUGAACAACAAUAGCAUUUUACAUCCUUAAUCUUUGUAAAGGAAGGAGUAUUCCCCAAAUGUUGAAACACCUUGCCGUAUUGUUCACCUGGAUUAAAACCUCCAUGUAAACUUUG